UGGAAGUGCGAUUUUCGUAAAAUAUUAUUUCGAAAGUAGACAUAUAUAAUACUUAUAAUAUAAGUUAAGCAAUUUAUAAACUUACUUUAGACGAUCAUUUCAAAAGAUGGGGGACAGUACACAUAUAAUUCCCGGUUUGUUCGACUUGAAUCUCAACAUCAUGUUUCAAAAUGACAUGCAUGUCAUUGAAGAUACGAUAAAAAGUUUGUAUAAACGCUUAACCCAGGAACACAAAGUGGUGCAUAAUGUUUUAAACAAUAUGAUAGCGGUUGUGAAGAGUAAGCCUUGGCGAGGAAAAAAUGAUUCAAUAAUAUGCCUUGAGAACAUUCUAGAACGUGAUCCUAGAAAUUUAAACGCGCUUGCUGACAUCGAAUAUUUAUGUCGCUGCGUACACAGAGUAACUGAAGCUGACAUGUACAAGGAAGUGUUAGAUGCAAUUCUAAAUGGAGGGAAAAUAGAAGACAGAAGAAGUAAAGCGAUCUGUUUAAUGGAACAAGGAUAUGCCGUACUGUAUGACGAGGAUGCAAAUGUAGAACAUAUCACAAAAGACAGGUUAUCCGAAACUUAUCGCAUGCUACUUUCAGAACAUAAAAAAGGCACUGGGAAACGAUACAACUGUUUCCAAUUGUGUAUAUUCCACAAUAAGGAGGCAUUAUUACAUCUACAAAGGUCAAUAGAGAUGGAAAGAGAAAAUCAGUUCCUUUUUAGAAGACAAAGAGCCCUCGAUAAGUUCAAAAAAUCCAAGACGCUAUACCAACUAAGUUUUAUCUGGUCUUUUUAUGAAGGUGUUGCACUAAAUCGUAAAUUUAACUCGCUAAAGGAAAUGUGUCAAGAAGACCGUAUAAAUAGAGACAGGGAAAAAAGGUCUGUUACUUUGGAAGCAGCCGAAAUAUUUUGGAAAAUUAUAAAUCAUAGAAAAUUUGAUGUUCAACAGUGCUUGAUUUAUAAAUCUAGAUCAUUGGCUUUGCUUGGCCACAUGCUUUUAAAACGUUCCUACUACUUUAAAUAUUUCAACAAAAAUCGUUUUGCAAAUUUUCAUCGUUUUAAUUAUUAUUUCACUGAACCUCUCGGUGCUUUAGAGGAAGCUUAUUAUAUGAACACAAACGAUACAUUUGUUUUGAAUCGAUUUGGGCGAACCCUGAUGAUAUCAGCGUGUGUGAGUGGGGUUCCGAAUAUUAAAAGAUCUUUUCUUCAAAGAGCAGAAUAUUUAUUGUCCAAAUCUAUACGACAUGACACUUUUAACUGGUUUGCGUACUCAACUCGAAUGUCAGUUAGAAGACAAUUAGCACUGGAAUAUAUAAGUUUUGAUACUGAUACUGCUAAACAAUUACUAAUUGAAGCAGCAAAUGAUGGAUACCAAUGUUUCUGCUCUAAAGGGACAUCCAAAUCGAUCUGCGAAGCAGUUGAUAUUUGUCAGUAUUUGGCAAAAUUUCCAGUCAUUAGAUCAAAUGGAUCGGAGUACGUUGCCUUUAAUCAGAAGAGUCAUUUACUUGAUGCUCUUGACUAUUUGAAUUAUGGCAUUCAACAGUCUGGACCAACGAACUUUUACCUGGUCUAUAAAAUGGGGGCAGUUCUGUACGACUUAGAUGAAUUGAAACCUGCAAUAGAUUGGAUGAAAAGAGCUUUGUCGUUGUCACAUACUAAAAAUAGUAUGUCGCUGAAAGUUACUUGUUUUUAUAUGUUGAGAAAAUAUAGCAUCGACGUUGCUAAUAAUGCAAAUAUACAAUAUAUAAUUAAGGAUUUCGUUUAAACAUUGGGGAAAGGUUACCAGAAAUUUGGAAACAUAGUAUCUGUAUGUAGAUUUCUGUUAAGAAAUAACGAAUAUUAUUUGAUAGCUCUUCUAGGGGAUAUCAUCGGGUUUUCGUACUUGCUAAACAGCAGCAAAGUAAGUUUACUAACAGAAUGCAUACAAACAUGUGCUGACUUAAUGUCAUACAACAACGAAUCGUUAUUUGCUUUAGAACAAUUACACCAGAUUCCGGUAGUUGAUGACAGUGAACCAAAAUUUGAUGAUGAAUUCAAGUUAACGUUUUCAAUGCCUACAGUCCUAGAUACAUCGCAAUUGUCGGAUGAAUUUCUAUAUGAUUUCUUUGUUUCAUACAGUCAUAAAGACAGCGACUGGGUGAUGACUAGAUUAGUUCCUGACCUAGAAUCUUCUCUGUCUACAGAUGAUGUCAUUUUGAAAGGCUGUAUAGCGCAUCGUGAUUUCCAGCCUGGAAAUUCAUUUUUGAAAACAUUAUAGACGGUAUCAAAAAUAGUUCCAAAGUUAUUCUUGUACUUACCAAAAACUUCGUAGAGAGUCAGUGGUGUCAGUUUGAAGCCAAUCAGACAUUACUGGAAUCAAUGGAACCUAAGAAGAAAAUGAAGUGUGUAAUUCCAUUGUUACUUGCCAUUGACGAAAAUGAAAUUCCAGAAAUGUUUAAGGACAUUACAUAUGCAGACUUCACAAAUGAAAAGGAUUAUAUGGAAGAUGUUUUAAAAUUAAAAAAAGUACUUUUACCGGGAUAAUAUUUGCCAACCGACAUUUAAAAUGUUAUUAGUACUUUCAUAUAUCAUUUAUAUCUAUUAGAUAAUUAGGGUUUGCUAUAAAGAGUACAUUUGUAUUAAUCAAAGGUUCACUGUAUUUACUAACACAUUGCAUUGCUCACAAAGAUAUCUUUACCUUUCAUUCAGAACAAACCAAACAACUUUUUUUAAAUGAAUAAGAAUAUUGUUGUAUAAUAUUUUUUUCGUUCUUGUAAAAAAUGAAUUCUUUGAAUUAAUAUGCCAUCUGUAAUUAAGAGACUUAUGAAAAACACAUCAUAAAGUAGAUAUAUGAAGAUGUGGUAUGAGUGCCAAUGAGACAACUCUCAAUCCAAGUCAAAAUUUAUAAUAGUAAACCAUUAUAGGUCAAAGUACGGUCUUCAACAUGGAGCCUUGGCUCACACCUAUCAGUAAGCUAUAAAGGAUCCCAAAAAUGACAAGUGUAAAACCAUUCAAACGGGAAAACCAACGGUCUAAUCUAUAUAAAAAACCAGACACACUUAUGAACCACAUCAAAAAACGACAACUACUGAACAUCAGAUUCCUGACUUAGGACAGGUGCAAACAAUUGCAGCGAGUUUAAACGUGUAAUACCACCAAAUCAUAGUACGUCACAUCCGGUUGCAUACGAAAAUAGGUCUAAAAAAAAUAUUCCCUUGAAUUUGACAGUUGUAGGUAAUUGAUCCUACAUUUCAUUGCAGUAAAACAUUUCUGAGUCAUAAACAUAUAUCUUGGGUAUUUCAAAGCACCAUUAUUUCUUUAUUUGGGGUUUCUAUAGAAUAUUUUGGAAACUUGAGGUUACAUGGUUACUAAAGCUUGUACACAGGUUAAAAAAGGGGGGAAAUUUGAUUGGUUAACUUCCAGUGAUGGUUAUUUUCUUAUAUGCAAUGAAAUGUUAUGUGAAUUUUUUUCUAUAGUACUGGACAGGAUAAAACUUUACUCAUGCCAAGUAUUUCUUCAUUUUGAAACAAAGAUAAAUUCUGCACAUUUUUUUGAAAAGUGCAAAUUUAACAAAGACUAAUAGGGGAAAAUCAAUGGUGGUAUUACACCUUUUAGACUGGCAAAGUAUGUGUGCACCCAAGAAACAACUUCAUAUUUGAUGAGAUUAUGUCAAUAGUUAUAAUAAAGCUUCUCUGAAAUUAUUUUUUUGUUUCUUGGCUGUGCACGAUGUUUCCACAAUGGAAAUAACGAUGGAAAACUACAUAAAUUAUGUAUUUUUCAUUGUUUUCAUGAAAACAGUACAUAUUAUGAUGAAAUUGUGAUGUCAUCAGAUAAAAAAUCUAUGUUUUUCAUUUAUAUUUCUUGACUUUAUGCAUUUCCAAUUAUUAUGUGCAAAUUUGAAACAGUUGUCAAACAUUUAAUUUUCUUGGGCCAAAACAGGGCAUUAAUGCAACUACUCCUUUGUCAAGAAACGUGGCCAAAAACAUUUUGAACCUUUUGAAAAUUUUGGGGCUUAAAAUGUUUUUUUUUUUAUGUUUAUAAAGGGACAUAACUCAAGAAUGGUAACAGUGUCGCCACCAAAUUUCGUACUUAAUCUGUAUUAUGUAGUAAUAAGCAUUGUGUAUAAGUUUCAUAACAUUUUGUUGAGGCAAACUAAAGUUAGAAAACAGAAUCAAAAAAAUUGUACUUGAUCUUAGAUUUGUGGUAAUGAAUAUUGUGUACCCGGUAUAGGUUUCAUAAUGUUUGGUUGGGGCAAACUUAAGUUACAGAAUGGAAACUAAAAAUUUUGCAAUCUUUCGAUUUAUAAAGGGGCAUAACUCAAUAAUGGUUAAAAUGACACUUCCCAAAUUCAACUUGAUCUGUGUUUUAUCAGUGGAAGUCAAAAUUAAACAUUACAUUGUAUAGAGCAUUGAUUGUAGUUAAUUGAACUAUAAUCAUGGAAAAAGGAAGAUAACUUCAAUUUAAAAAAUUACUUGACAUUUAGAAGAAAAUAAAAAUUUUGCAAUUUUGUGGAAGUACGCAUUGUGUAUAAGUUUCAUAACAUUUGGUCGAAGCAAACUUAAGUUAGAGAACGGAAACUUAAAAUUUUGCAAUUUUUCCAUUUAUAAAGGGACAUAACUCUAGAACGGUUAAAGUGACGCCACCAAAAUUCAAACUUGAUCUGUGUUUUGUAGUAAUAAGCAUUGUGUAUAAGUUUCAUAACAUUUGGUUGAGGCAAACUCAAGUUAGAGAACAGAAACCAAUUUUGGGACAUACGGACGGCCGUACGUACAGACGGACAAGGGUAAAACUUAAUGCCCCCUCCACUAAUGCGGGGGCACAAAAAAGGGUCAAAGUACCAUAACUCCCAUAAAAAUUGUCAAUUAAUCAGACAAUAUAGCAUGGUCAACAGAAUAUGACCACAAAUAAACGGGUAGAAAAGAUCUCUUAUUUAUUGUGUAAAUAAGCAAUGUUUAGCAGUAACUUUUCAAUUUUCUUUUUAUCAGUAAAGGUGAAAGGGAGAGAAAUCGGAAGGUUUUUCUCCAAUUUAGAUGAUUUGAUCUACUUGUCAGGAUAUUGGUCUGAAAGGGAUAUUUCAAUUUCGUUUUUAUAAAAACCAUAGAGAGGUUGCUACAUUUUUGUUUUUGUACCUAUAUCUGGAGAGCUGACACAUGAUUUUAAUAUCUUAUGGAAUACCGGUAUACAAUCAAUCUCUGAAUAAUAUGGGGACGAUCGUUUGAUAUUUUGUGGGGAGGAGUAUUUUUUCCAAAAUAGUAUCUUUUUUUUUGUGCAUCUGUUGCUACACAAGCCUUAUUACCUGUGGCUAUGACGCCAGGAAAUUAUUUUUUUUUCACUUUUGUACACAUUUGUAUCCUUAACUUUCCUGCAUUUUAUAACAUUCAUUUUCAUUCUGUCUUGACAAAAUCAUUUAUUUUCAGGUUUUACAAGACCAAGUUAUUCGUUUUCAAAACACUCCUCCCAACCCCUAACCCCCCAUCCCCCAUCCCCACAGAAAAUCAAAUGGUUGUCCCCUGAAACCUUAAAAAAUAUAAGUAACAAUGAUUUAGCUACAUAUGUCUGCAUUCUAUGAAUAUCAACAUUAAUGAAAAACUUAUUUUUACAGAUUCACAUCAAAAUAAAAUAUCU